UUGACCCGGGUGCCGCCGCCCCCCCCUGCCCCGGGCACCUGCGGGAGCGCUGGCUGCGGGACGCCGCCGCCUGGGCGCUGCCACCUCCCUCCCCCUGCCCCGCCAGCGGCGCCCACUGGCCGGGCACGGGCCCCGGCGCCCGGACCCCGGGCACUGGCGCUGCUCCGGCGCCGGUGCUGCCCGCAGCGCGCGCCUGACCGGGGGCUCGCCGGGUCGGGGCAGCGGACCCCGGCGCCGCCGCUGUGCCGCCCGCCGUGCCUUCUGCCCCGCGGGGCCGGGGGCUGAAGCUCUCGGGGGAACCAGCUCGUUCUGCUCUUCCCUUGGGGACUGGCGUCGCGCCGGUGCGGCCGCCCGCCUGGCCCGCCGGUUGUCCCGGGCCGUGCCCCGCAUCCUCGGUCCCGCUGCGGCGGCUCUGCUGCCUCGCCGGGUCCCGGUGGCUUAGGGAGGCAGGCGGGGAGGGGCAGCCCGGUGCUCAUUUACCGCUCCCAGAUGUGGCCUGCAGGCCCCCUCGGGAGGCUUCCCCCGGCAGGGACUGACCUUCCCGGGGGGAAUCGGCUAGCCUGCCCUGUCACGGUCGUCUGGAAAGGAGGGUCCUCUUCUCAACACCCUGAUCCUGGAGACAUGGCGCACCCCAGUGCAACUGUCGCCAGCUCCCCAGGAACAAGCAGCCUUCAUGUAGGAGGUAGCACCUUUUGAGAGAGAGCAUAUGUUUUGUUGCCCCUCAGCUCUCUUUUCAGAGGGGGAUGUGUAGUCCCAGAUACUCAGGACAAACCGAUCUGUGUCUGUAGGAGACUAAUGCUCUGCGUGGCCGUCCAGAAGAUCUUGACUUCCUGCACAGGCAAACCAUCUCACUGUGGCGCCACGAGCUUGCUGCUUGGAGACUGCUGCUCCUUCCCUCCUUCCUGUUCCUUGGGCCUGAACUCUCCUCUAUCAGCAUCUCCUGUGGAGGGACCCUGUGCUGGACUGAGGCAGAAAUUCAGCGGCAGACUGAGGAGAAGGCAGGGUCAUUCCCCAGUUAGCAUGGUCUGGGGGUGCACUUGUUCAGUAUCCUUGCCCAGUGUUGUCAUCACUGCCCUUGGAGAGAUUGGCUUCAUACUACUGCCCAUCCAGGCGGAGUCCUGCAGCGUCUGAAAAUAACUGGUUCCUUGGUGCUGCCUUGGGAGCAAUCGACAACCUGCUGUUUACCAUUGGGACGCUAUGAUGACAAACCAGCCCAUCUUCCCCUAGGGCAGGGUGAGGAGCUGGAUCCAAAUGCAUCCUUGGCUUGCUGUCUUAGAGCUGUUCCUGCUUCAGGUCAAUGAGAGUAUCUGUUGCUAAAUCAUCAUGACAUAGUAUCUGGUCUCCUGCUCCCCCCUGCUGGAUAAGCUUCCUGCUUCCUCUUGGUCUAUACACAUGUGACUCCAGGUGUUCAUCAGCUACCUAGUCCGGUACAGCGACCUGGGAUGCCAUCAGGAGCUCGAAUGCCCCAUCAGGGGGCUCCCAUGGGUCCCCCAGGCCCCCCGUAUGUUGGAAGCCCCUCCGUGCGACCUGGGAUGCCCCAGACUGUGAUGGAAACAACAAGAAAACGCACUGCACCACAGCAGGUCCAGCAACAGCAGGUGCAGCAAGUGCAACAGCAGCAGCAAGCCACUCAGAACCGAACUAGGAGUGCCAAGAGGAGGAAGAUGGCUGACAAAAUUCUCCCUCAGAGGAUCCGGGAGCUGGUUCCUGAGUCGCAGGCCUACAUGGAUCUGUUGGCCUUUGAACGCAAACUAGACCAGACCAUAAUGCGGAAGCGUGUGGAUAUUCAGGAAGCACUGAAGAGGCCAAUGAAGCAAAAGCGGAAACUGAGGCUUUACAUCUCCAACACAUUUAAUCCUGCAAAAUCUGACGCUGAUGACUCUGAUGGCAGCAUUGCUUCAUGGGAGCUGCGAGUGGAGGGGAAGCUCCUGGAUGAUCUCAGCAAACAGAAACGGAAGUUUUCGUCUUUUUUUAAGAGUUUGGUUAUUGAACUGGACAAAGAUCUUUAUGGACCUGACAACCAUCUUGUGGAGUGGCACAGAACUCCCACAACCCAGGAAACAGAUGGCUUCCAGGUAAAAAGACCUGGCGAUGUCAGCGUGCGGUGCACAUUACUCCUCAUGCUGGACUACCAGCCUCCACAGUUUAAACUGGACCCACGAUUAGCCCGUUUGCUGGGGAUACACACACAGACCCGAUCGGCCAUCAUCCAGGCUCUCUGGCAGUACAUCAAAACAAAUAAGCUGCAAGACUCCCAUGAUAAGGAAUAUAUUAACUGUGACAAGUACUUCCAGCAGAUCUUUGACUGUCCACGGCUAAAGUUUUCUGAAAUUCCUCAGAGACUCACUAACCUGCUGCUCCCACCAGACCCUAUAGUGAUAAACCAUAUCAUCAGUGUUGACCCCAACGAUCAGAAGAAGACAGCUUGUUAUGAUAUAGAUGUAGAAGUUGAAGACCCAUUAAAGGGACAGAUGAGUAGUUUUCUUCUCUCAACAGCUAACCAACAGGAGAUUACAGCAUUGGACAACAAGAUUCAUGAGACAAUCGAAUCCAUAAACCAGUUAAAAAUACAACGUGAUUUCAUGCUGAGUUUCUCCAAAGAUCCAAAAGGAUACAUCCAAGACCUUCUCCGAUCCCAAAGUAGGGAUCUUAAGGUGAUGACUGAUGUAGUUGGAAACCCAGAGGAAGAACGCAGAGCUGAAUUUUAUCAUGAGCCAUGGUCUCAAGAGGCUGUGAGCAGAUAUUUCUACUGCAAGAUCCAGCAGCGCCGGCAGGAACUGGAACAGUCUCUGGGCGUGCGCAACACAUAAGUACUGCUCACCAAGAUCCCAUUGGCAUCAUGACCACCAAACCAGUGGACUUUUCAGUGUUACUUAGCUCACUGUUACACAUGGACCUGCUUCCUGACUGGAUGAGAAUGUACCAUCAACACACCAGUCAGAACACCAGCUUUAGAGUGACCCUUGAAAAUCUUGCCCAUGGGGGGGUGGGGGUGGGUGGGUGUCUUAGACCAUUCCAGGCCACAGACAGUGCCAUGCAAGUGUCAGUGUUAAAGAAGAUUAAAGGUUCAUUCAUCAACACAUAUCAUUAAGUUUUAGUGGAAAGUUCAGACACUACACAGCAAAUCCUAAUGGGCUAUGCAUGGAAUCAUAGGUGGCAUUGAUGGGGGAGGUUGAGGUAGGUGUUACAGGAGACUACAGAUUUAGAGAAAUGCAGUUCUCAGUUACCUAAGAGUCUCAAAUAGUAAAUUCUCUGAAAUUGGACAAGAUAGUCUUUCUUAUAGCUGUGGAAUGCUUUAUGUUCCUGAAUAGAGUUUUUAUUCCAGCUGGAGCAGUGCAAGAAGCCGUCUCACCAUGUGUAAGAACAAACUAGGAGGAUUUUCAUUCCGGGAAUGAAGAGCCCCUCUGGAAGAAAGAAGUGUAGUCAGAACAUCUCUUCUGCCAACUCUAAUACUUCCUCUUUCUAUUGUCCCUACAGUGAAGGGUAGACCGAAUUACAUAUCGCUAGAUGGUGAUAACAUUGUACUGAGAGGAAGAGAAUUAUCCCCAGGAUAAGAGCUGCUUAGGCAUCACUAAUAUCAAUGAGGUUAGCAAAGCUGAGGUUGAGGCAAGAAAUGAGGCAUUCUGAGGAACUUAAAGUAACUUAAUGGUGCUUUGCUGAUACCUGCCUUGAACACAGCAGAUACUAACAAAAAGCAUAUAUGUAAAGUACGACAUUUCUUAAAUGUUUCUCUGUGUGCCAGUAGGGAUCAGCACUGAAUAGAACUUACCUAAUUGUUACAUUGGUGCAGAAUCCAAGAAGCUUAACUUCAUAUAACGUGGCAGUGCCGCCUUUACUUCAAGAUGUUAACAGAGUCCCUGGAUUGGUCUCACGUAUUGAUCAUAGGUGAACUGCCUCUUACUAUGAGUUAUUCAGUUCCGCCAUACAUGAUACAUAUUGGUUAUAACGGAUGCUGUUGAAUUAUAAAGCACUAUCAGCCUUAAACAGCACAGAGAACAUAUCAGUUGGAAAACAUGUUCUUCGUAAAUGUAUGACAAAUUCAGACUAUGUGGAAUUUAUACCAUAUUUACUUGGAAGCAGGGACAUCUUCAUUAAGUCCUUUCCCCUCCAUUAAUUUUUUGUAGUGCAUCAACUUGUUUGUAAUUGAUGGCCCAAUAUGAUUUCUAGUCCAAAAAGCAGCUGCCAAAGUAUAAUUCUUUGUCCGGGUGAUGUGGCACUCAGGAUCCUCUUCUGGGUUACUCUCUUUCAUCUCCUUUCUUGGAAGGAGAAUCAGAUUCACAUGUGGUACAGAAGGGAGGCAGCUCUUCUGAAUAAUGCAUUUUGGUGUAGUAUUGUCCUUUUUUCCUUUUCUCUUCUGCUAUCUUUGCCAAUCUCUUUCUUAGUUGAGCUUGGAAGUUUCUUCUGUCCAGUCACAGAAGAGAUAGUCUACUCUUCCACCCCUUUAUUUAAUACCUCUGCUUUCACAUUAAUAGUGCCAUAGCUUUUUACUCUGUCCAUUGUGUUCAGAGAUGCCUUGGAAAAUCUACAUUUUGUUGCAGUUCUAUGUCAUAUGAUGGCAGUACUGUCAUGCAGAGCGACUGGUGUGAGGAGAAGCCUAGCUGUACCUCUUUGCCUGAGGUUUUUACUGGGAAUGACUUUGGAACUUUUGUUGUGUUAAAACCUCUUUUUUCAGUGAAACAUGAAAUCCUGCAGUCUUAAACUGAAUAGUGAUGGACUGUGAGGCUGCCAGGCAGUGAAUGACUUGAAAUCUUAUUUACUUUAGGAUGCAACUAAUUGGACUACAAGCAAGCAUUAUGAGGGAGAACAGUGGGAGUCAUCUGCUACUGUGCUUCCAUAUUUAUUACACUGCUGUGUCAGUUGUGUGCAUGCUGUCCAGUGUAUAAAACUCUUUUCUGUAUAUGGUAAACAGAGCAGCUACACUCAGGGGAUGCAUUCAGUCUCCAGGAGUAAGAAAUGGAAAGCUAUUUAAGGAUGUGAGAAGGGCACGGGACUUGGGUAGAUGCCUGCAAGAUGUCUUCCAGGGAAUUCUGGUUUUUGAGAACUUUUCCAUUGAAGUGGCAAAUAUUUGUACCAAGAAAUUUCAGUUGUGCCACAGCUGGAAGCAUAAUGGAGUCCAGCCUGCUUUUAGAAUCUCUCUGUAGAAUUAAUUGGGUGGAUCUGUUUCAGACUCUCUUUCAGAGCAAAUUAACAAAACUAAUGUGGCACUGCUGCCCAGUGUUCUCAACAGCAUCACUGGAAGCUGAAGUUGUGUUAAGCACCAAUGCUAUGCUGAAGUGUGUGUCCGUCCCUGUGUGUGCACACACGUGUGCCUGUGCAUGAGUCAGCCACUGAAGAUGGCAAUCCAAAAUCUAAAUUCUUUCAUCCCACUGUCCGCAUUCCUACUGCACAUAAAAAGACUGGUCACCAACAGUGAGUGUUAGGAGUAGCUGUCAGGUGUCUUGUUUGGUUAAACUGAGGUUUGAGAUUUUGAUGCUUGUUUCCUGUGUUUAGAAGCAGGUCAGGCCUUUUACUGAAGAGGCACAGAGAAAUUUUGUCCUGUGUUCCAGGAGCACAGCCAGGAGCUUGCUUGUUUGCAAAAAAGAGAAGUUAUAUUUGAAGUGAAAUAAUGGAGCAGUACUGGGAGGAACUGGACCAAAUGCUGCUUGGGCAUACAAAAAUGAAAGGCAGUGAUACUGACCAGGUAUGGAAUUGUGUAAGUUCAGGAUGAUUGUCUUUCUAUGUGUAUGAAAGAUGACAAGAUGAUGUUUUGGGGUCUUCAGUUGCUGCCACAGUACAAUACAAAUCUGUGCAUACUGCAAAAAAACAUCAUGUGCAUAGAAGUUGUAAAUGUAUAGAUGGUGUUAGAAAACAUAGCAACAAAAUAGGAAAGGGUUAAAACAAUUCUGGAGUAUCAAAGAAGAGAGAUCUAUCUUGGAGCUGAAGUGUUGACAUGGCAGGUUUGAAACACUUUUUAGUCCUUUGUGCUUCAGGAUUUAGACCAAGUGUUUCUUAGAAAUUAGAGGGAAAGCAAAUGUUUGAAUAUGACAUAGAAAGAGGAAUACAGCAGUGGAAAAGGAAAUAAAAAGAUGGAGCAGAGCACCACUGAAGUGCCAGUAAGACAUAGCACAGGAUAAUGUGUGGAGUACUGUUGGAAAUAGCACAAUCCAAGUGAGUCAGUACAUUUUGUCUGCGUGUGUGUAUGUAUACAUGUAGAGAGCAUGUGGGAGAGAGCCAGUCUCAACUCAUAUGUAGCCUGGGAAAUGGGCGUGUGGGAUGGAACCAAAUGUUCUGCAAAUAACAUUGAGACACAUUGUUAAAACAUUUUGCACUGUUAUCAACAGGGAUUCAGUUGUUCAACUUAGAAGGGUUGGUAAUUGUAGUGCAGACAUUGUUUCAGCUGUCAGUUUUUUUACACCACAUGUUUAGAAUUCAACCUGUGGAAGCUGAGUGAAGAUAUUGGUGCAUAUAUCAAUAUCAGUGCAUAUCCUAGGGCUCCUAAUUUUGCCAAAAUUGUAGUCAGGUAUUGGGGGUUUUUUUUUGGCUUGUUUUUGUGUUGGGAACACUUUUAUGGCAGUGCAAAGAUGACGGGGAAAAGAAAGCUCUCUUCUCCUGAAGAAAGAGGUGUCCUUUCUGUAACUGCUUUGUUGUUUAAUAGGAUGUAUCUGUUCUGCCAGAUCCUGUAUGAUAAACACCUUUUCCAAUCUCAUUGAAGAAAGGAACUCAAUUAAAAAAAUAUAACUGUGGGUUUGUGAGAGUGCGCGAAUACAUGUAUAAAGGGGGGGGAGCAAGUGGGCGAGCGAGAGACUCCUACUCUGUAGCCACCAUAUCUUCAUUGUAUGAUGCCGAGUGAUGCGUAGAAAAGCUUUUAACAAUAAAUACUUUGUUUCUUUGUA